CACCUCUUUCCAUUCACAUUCUUCAACGCAUCUCCAUUUCCCCUCUCUCACUCUAAGACACGCACAUGUACACGCACUCUCUCUCUAACAUAUACUAAUAUAUAUCCACCGCCGGUUUUGUUUCAUCCACCGCCGGUUUUGUUUCAUCUCCAUUUCCCCCCUCUCUCUAAAACACGCACAUACUUUCUCUCUCUAUAUAGGCAUAUAAUUCCCCGCUUGUUUUGUUUCAUUUCCGGUGUGUGUAUGUAUUGAUUUAUCAGAUCUGCGAGUGAUUUGAAACUUCAGAGUCAACUCGUUCUCUCUUUUAAGGACUCGACUGAUUUUGAUUCCUUAGCUCAAGAUCUACUAGGGCUGGUGUGUAGAUGUCAUCAACGGGGUCGUACUGGUGUUAUAGGUGCACUCGCUUCGUUAGGGCUGGGGGUGAAGAAGGCAGUGUUGUUUGUCCGUACUGUGACGGUGGAUUUAUCGAGGCCGUCGGCACCAGCUCACCGGCCGUCCAAUCGGGCUCUCGCCGUCGAUUCCCUACAGCCGGGAUGUACAUGUUGGGGAGCCACCGUUCAGAAUCUCCAGAUUCAGAUCAGAGCAGGAAUCUAGGGUUCCACCGCAGCCGGCGUAGCAGCGGCGACCGGUCUCCGUUUAAUCCGGUCAUCGUAUUGCGCGGUCCGGCUGAAGGCGCCGGGGAUGACGGUGGUGCUGGGGGUGGUGGAGGCGGAGAGAGGAGGAGUUUUGAAUUGUACUACGACGAUGGAGCCGGGUCGGGCCUUCGACCGCUUCCGGCGACCAUGUCGGAGCUCCUGAUGGGUUCCGGCUUCGAUAGAUUGCUCGACCAGCUAGCGCAGAUCGAAGUCAACGGUUUGGGCCGUUCUGAGCAUCCGCCGGCGUCGAAAUCCGCCGUGGAAUCGAUGCCGACGAUUGAGAUAGUGGCGACGCACAUCCACACUGAAUCGCACUGUGCCGUGUGUAAAGAAGCCUUCGUUCUCGGCUCAGAAGCCCGCGAAAUGCCCUGUAAGCACAUCUACCAUUCGGAUUGCAUCCUCCCAUGGCUCUCUCUCCGCAAUUCAUGCCCCGUUUGUCGCCACGAAUUACCCACCGACACCGGCAUGAACCCGUCGGAUUCCGGCAAUCAAACCCAAUCCGAGGCCCCAACCGACGAAGAGACAGUUGGGUUGACCAUAUGGAGACUACCCGGUGGUGGGUUCGCGGUGGGGAGGUUUGCUUGGGGAAGAAGAGCAGGUGAAAGAGAACUUCCUGUCGUUUUCACAGAAAUGGAUGGUGGGUUCAAUCACAGUGGUGCUCCGAGGAGGAUCACUUGGACAUCAAGAAGAGGCAGAGCAGGUCGAAGUGGAUUAGGCCGAGUUUUUCGUGGCCUGUUCUCGUUUUUAGGGAGGUUUAGAUCUUCUUCCUCUUCACGAUUGUCAUCUUCGUCACAUCAUUCUAGUAGUAGUUCAGAAUCUGAGUCUACCAUCACCAGAAGUCAGAGUCAUUCUGGUUCUGUUUUCAGUAGGCUGGUGAGGAGGCGUAGCAGAGCUUGGGUUUUGGAAGACCAGAAUGAAAUGUCAAGGUGGUGAUGUUGAUCGGUCUGAAUCCUCUGCUGUAUCGGGUUCUGUACUGUAAUUUUGCAACCCAAUUAAAUCUAUUUUUAACACAUUAAAUCGGGUUGCUACGGACUGAUAUAGCAGUGAAUCAUUGGGUUGUUUGUUGAUGAUUGAUGAUAUGGUCUCCAAUUCAGAAAAAAAGGGAACUUUUGAAUUGUAAAUAGCAUGCAAUGUGCAAUCAUCAAAUAUUACUAGGUCUCAUAUUCAUAUAGUUAGAGACAGAAUGUUUUAUUUUAUUCAUGAAAUGGAGUAAUGUUGGUAUAUAUGACUCAAAUCAGGUUUUUUCCUUUUUAUAGAA